AUGCAAAUUCUCGAUAAUUUUAAAAGAGCGGCUAUUGCUUUGACCUUUAUACCAAAUGCCGUCGUCGCCGUUGCUGCAGAAGAACAGUCAUAUCGCUGGGACUGCACAGUGAGGCUUUUUUAUACGAAAGCAGGGUGGUCUCAAGUGCGGUCUGAUUACAUCCACGUACCUCCCCAAGGAACACUUGUGAAUUAUGACUAUGCCUCUCUUAGGUGGGGGAUCGAAGUUACACCUGGUUGCGUGGGGAGGAAACUGGGGAUCAUGGCCAAAGGGUAUUGGGUAACAGUAUCCGACUGGGAAAACAAAAACAUUCAACUUAUCAAAGAACCUGUCUGGAGUUGA